CCUCGCUUGUAAACAGGGUUAUGUUGUUGGGGGUGUUUGCUGCUGCGUGGGUCCGCUGAGAGGAUUAGUCUAGGCUGUGUAAACCGCUUAGCGCCAAGCCGGCUGUGGCAAGGGCUCGAACGGGAGGCGGGCCCCGAGGGCCAGGAGACGGCUGAGAUCACCGACUUCCAGAGGGCCUCCCCGAAUUCCUGAAGACGCUGCUGGGAGGGGACUGAAGCUUCCCCGCCUUGAUGGGGAGGGGGCGUCAGGAGGGGUUUAUCUGGAUUUCCAGGCUGUGUUCUCUUCCCCAGAGCCUAGUCUGGACCCCUUGGCUCUAGGGAGAAGACGGUGGGGGAGGAGCUGGGACAAGGGGCGCGAUUGCUGUGAGGGGCGGAGUGGAACUUCGGGGUCUGAGGUGCUGAGCGACCUGAAAGGGGGCUGAGCGUGUGCUGGAGGAGGUGGGUCCCGCAGGGGCGGGGCCGGAAUGCCGACAAGCGGUGUUAGGGCGGGGGGCGGGGUCGGCGCGCGCGGGUGGGGCUCUUGCCACGGUCAUGGGGCGGGGCCGUCCGCGGGGGCGUGGUCGGGGUGCCGCGCGCGCCGGAGCCCGCGGAGGAGGAGAGCGGGGACUCCUGACAAGACUGUGGGAGCCAGAGGGUAGCACGCGGGGCUCGAGCGCUGGAGUAGACAGUCUGACAGUCAGCGAGAGAUACUGGCUGCGGCAGAGGGCGGCCUAGGGCUCCAGGCAGGGCUUGAGCGGGAUAAGGGGGCGGGCUCCGAGGCAGGGUAGACGCCUGGGCUGAAGUCCGAGUCUGGGAAGAGAACGGGGUUGUGGUAGGAGGAGGCGGUGAUAGAGGUGAUGGGGCUAAGUACGGGGGCGGGGCUGGAGCGAGGGGGGCGGGGAUAGCGCCUUCGCCGGUGGGUGGUUGGGCGGAGGCUGGAGGGGGUGGGCCUAGGAUGCGGAGGCGUGUGGGGGCGUGACCAUGCCUGGCGGGGGCGGGGUCGGAGGCGGGCAUUUUAGAGCGCGGGGCGGUCCUGCGGGGUGGGGGCGGGGCCUGUGCGGGCCGCGGCGCGGAGCCGAGUGGGUUGCGGGGAUGCGGGGGACCAGCUGCGUGGGCGGCGGCGCCGAGAGCCCCGGCGGCGCGGGGCUGAGCGAGGGCCCACGGGGGCGUUGGCUGCGCUUGGCCCCAGUCUGUGCUUACUUCCUCUGCGUCUCGCUGGCUGCCGUGCUGCUCGCUGUGUACUACGGUCUCAUCUGGGUACCCACGCGGUCCCCCGCGGCGCCCGCCGGCCCGCAGCCCAGCGCGCCGUCCCCUCCGUGUGCCUCCCGCCCGGGCGCGCCGCCUGUCCCGGUGCCCGCCGCUGCCUCCGUCUCCUGCCUCCUAGGAGUCCCCGGCGGGCCCCGACCCCAGCUCCAGCUGCCGCUGAGCCGCCGCCGCCGCUACAGCGACCCUGGCCGCCGCCCGAGCCACCAGACAGCCAGAGAGACGCCAGAGGCCGCGGAGGGUCGAGGACCCGGGUAACUCUCCCUUCCACUCCAACCUGCGUUGCCAGCCCUCAAGAGCUCUGUGCUCCACGCCGAGGAUGCACCGUCUCCGGAUGGGUCCGGCCUCUUUCCUAAUGACAUCGCCCAGCGUCUCUGGAGCUGUCAUCCCGCGGAAUGGGGGCUCAGGGGGUGUCGGCUCGGGGCCUUGCCUCUUGCAGCUCCUCUGUGGGCAGAUCGAGUCCUCCACCAUCAGGAAGAUCCCAUUCUGAGCUCUCUCUCCUGCUCCUCUUGCUGUGGGAUGCUGAGCACAGAGCCCACAGCCCAUCUGCCUCCUUACCUCCCUGAAUCUGUGUCCAUCUGCAAUAAACCACAGCCUCAGCUGCCUCGUGCUGUGUCUGUCCUGUUGUCUGCA